GUAAUGAAGAGCGAUAAGCAAUGACCUAGAUCGCUAAGUUCGUAAUAGAUAAUAAUUCAAAUAAACAGCAAUCAUUAGCCAGCGUUGAUUCACCAGCCGAAGCUAAACAAUCCACUGCUUCCUCAUCACUUAUAUUUUAACAAAUAAACCAUCAUCGUCAUCAGCAAUAUUGCGUGAUAGAGCUAAUGUUCGCUCAUAGAUUAAGACAAUUGAGUCAACAACCUGUUGGCAAUUUAAAAAUAAUUCGGAGUUUAUCAUCUGGAGUUAUGUCUAAAUUUCAGUUACCAGAACGAUACAAAGGAAAUGAAAAAAGUGUUUGGGUCGAAUACAUUGCUCUGGAUUUAAAGUACAAGCCUUUGAACCUGGGUCAAGGAUUCCCGGAUUUCUUUGCUCCUAAUCAUGUCACAAACGCAUUGGCUGCUGCUACCAAAAGUGAAAACCCACUUCUCAAUCAAUACACACGAGGCUUUGGUCAUCCGCGAUUGGUCAACGCUCUUGCGAAAGUUUACUCAAAGGUUUUGAACAGGGAAUUAAAUCCACAGACUGAAAUACUUGUCACUUCAGGAGCAUAUGAAGCCCUUUAUUCGGCAGUUCAAGGUCAUACGGAUAAAGGAGAUGAGUGGAUUAUUAUUGAACCCUUUUUUGAUUGUUAUGAGCCAAUAGUACGAACUGCUGGUGGUAUUCCUCGUUUUAUUCCUCUUAAACCAACAAAAACAUCAGGAAUUGUGAGCUCGGCAGAUUGGAUCUUUGAUCGGAAUGAAAUGGCCAGUCUUUUUAACGAAAAAACAAAGGGAAUAAUUAUCAAUACACCGCACAAUCCCAUUGGCAAAGUAUUCACAAUGGACGAGCUCAAGUUUAUCGCAGAUUUAGCCAAGAAAUGGGACGUCCUCGUGAUAUCAGAUGAAGUUUACGAGUGGAUGGUUUACGAGCCAGCAGAGCACAUCAGAAUUGCAACACUGCCGGACAUGUUUGAACGGACAAUCACCAUUGGGUCAGCUGGUAAAACCUUCAGCGUGACUGGUUGGAAACUGGGCUGGGCAUACGGCCCAGAAAAUUUACUCUACAACCUCAAAGUCGUCCACCAAAACUGCGUGUACACUUGCGCAACUCCGAAUCAGGAGGCCGUGGCAGUAGGGUUCGAAGAGGAGCUCAAAAGAUUUGAUCAGCCGGACUGUUACUUUAAAAGUUUAGCACAAGAGUUAUUGCCCAAGCGCGAGUUCAUGGCCAAGUUUCUCGUCGACGUCGGAAUGUCGCCGACAGUACCCGAGGGCGGGUACUUCAUGGUCGCUAACUGGAAGGCUCUGGAAAAUAAAGUCAGACUCAAUGAAGAGACGGACAAGUGGCGCGACUACAAGUUCACCAAAUGGAUGACGAAAAAUGUCGGGCUCCAAGGAAUACCUCCGUCGGCUUUCUACUGCGACGAGCAUAAGUAUCUAGCCGAGGACAAUGUCCGUUACUGUUUCAUUAAAAAGGACGAAAACCUGAAGAAAGCUGCGGACAUUUUGCAAAAGUGGAAGUCGAAACAGUAAAUCGCCAUCCAGGAAACGAAUUCCGCGAAAGAAAAAUGAUUUGUACCCAAUUAGAUAAAUUAUUGUUGUAUA